CAGGUUUAGCCGUCUCAGCCUUCUCACUCCUGGGACGAAGCGGUGCAGACACUGGUGAAAAUACUUGAAACUCUAUUGCGUUGAAACAGUUUAUCCUUUGUGGAUUUAUAUGUGUCUUUCGUUCAGCUGCUGGGUAUCUAUGAGGGGCCGUUCCUUCGCUCGCUGAGCACCUCCGAACCUUGCCGUUCCUUGCGUCUCACGAUAACCCUUCCUUUCUUGCAUGAUGUCGGCGUCUGAGGUUGCCCAUGAUUUUUUUCCUCAGCUGGAAGGCGCUGGUCCAGAACUUGUUCAAUCUCAUACGCAUAUCAGCAGCGUCCUUCGACCAUCUAACCCAGCUGUAGCACGCUCUGAUCGUCCGAAGCCUUUCAAAUUCCCUGACCCUCGGAAUCAUCCCGACUCCGCUAACUGGUACACCUUUGACUCAGAUCUAUACAAGAAUAAUGAUAAUCUGGUCGUCAGUUCCCCGUCUCCGGACUCUGAGCAGGAGGUCCAAAGCCAGAUUUUCCAACACCGCUCCAUCUCUUCCCCUCAACUUGCACAAUCUACUAGCACAUUUCCUAAUGCCUCCCAUCAUCAUGAACACACCCAAUCUCACACUGAUCCAAAGCCACGUCGCCCCUCCCUCCAAAUUAGCAUACCAGAUGAGAUUGCAUCACGACCGUAUGCAAAUCGAAUGAGGCCAGGAGCCCGGUCCCCCAAUUCCCCCUACGCUCGGCCAGCAGAUACCAUGUAUCAUUCUUCCGGUUCUUCAGCAGUUACGGCUGGUCCCAGCCACAUUACCCUCACAAAACCCAAUUCCACGCGUUCUUCUCUGGCUUGCAACGCAUGCCGAAAGCGCAAAGUCCGAUGUGUCGUUCCCGAAACAAAAGACGGAGGGCAGGAUAAGCCGCGCGUCUGCGAGCGGUGUUCGCGAAUGCGGUUGGACUGUGUGUGGGGUGAGGAAAGAAGAAAGAAAGGCUACAAAGAGAAGGACCCGUCGGAUUCACACUCGUUGUCCCCUUCAAGGAAUUUUGUGCCUUCGAGGAUCGCGGAACAAUCUGGCGGAGGCUCACGGUCGUUGGCACAGACGACUUCAAAAGAGCACACUGACCCACCCACCCGGGCAGCUCCAAAUCAUAUCCAUUAUACCCCUGCUCGGUUUAUGACCGAUUCUCGGCAAGGUGCUAUUAAUCUAUCGCGUCGUUCUUCAGCAGGAUCAUCUUCCGUUAUCUCCGGACAAUCUAAUCACCCUGCGGAGGGUAUAACUAUCGCUCGCUCACCUAUCGCUUCCAUUUCCCCCCAUACUAACCUGACUUUCUCCCCCGCUUCCGAUAUCACCGCACACACAUCAGUCUCUCCCAACGCUCCCGUCACCACCUUCGAACAUGGUUUGAGUCCGUCAUCUACAAAGCCUGUGCCGGCUGGCACGUCUCAUGCACAAACUUAUACCCACCACCCAAUUAGUGCUUCCCAUGUUCUUGGAGUCUCCCAGGAUAACUUCUCUCAGUGGUCCGGGCAAGGUUAUAUGGAAAAGUUUGCUGGACCGUCAACAGAUACUCACGUUCCAAUCUCUCAUCCUGUCUCUGAGAACAGUAUUGAUGCUGGAUCUCAGGGAGCGUACAGUUUCCAAGGCCCUAUGGAUGCCGCAACGAGUGGUCAUACCCUCGAUGGGUCCACUCAGAGUUUCCAGAAUCUGUGGGGACAGGGAAUCACUCUUUCCACGGCAUUCGAUAUUCCAGGCUUUCCCAGCACAACCACGGCACCAGACCCCUCUGCCAUAUCGGGCCCACAAUACUUUCCCAGUCAACGCCUUGUGCAACACCCGCUAGGCCCCUCGUAUCCUUAUGUCAGCCAAUUCGGUUCCAACGAUUGGACGCAACUGGAACAGUCCCUGAUGACCAACCCCUACAUUUCUCUCCCUCUAGAUCAAGGCUUGUUUUGGUUUAACGCUCCUGGCCAUCAAGCGGACCCUCAGGGGCAGAACAUCCAAUGUUCACCGGAUCAAUCCGACCCAGCCGUACUAUACACUGACCUUCCGCGCGCAGGGUCGGUAAUUAGCCCUGAUGGCUAUUCCGAGGGUACCGCGGGCAUGAGUGCUUUACUCCAGAGCAGAACUCAAAACGGACAGAUUGACAGUGAAGUUUGGACUAGCUUGGAAGUUGAGGAUUUGGUCCAUGGGACAUCAAUGGAUUUUCAAAAUCACAACGGACCGGACAUCCAAAGAGAGGAUGCCCGAAAUUGCGAUCAGCUAACAUAUCCUCCUGCCCCUGCGGGCCCCGAGCAGCGUACUAGCCGAUAUGACACCGCAUUAGUCCAUUCUCAGUCUCCAUUUCAUUCGGCUGCCGCUGAUCUGAUGGGGUUCGGUCUUGUGCCGAAUCCUGGUGUUGACGGAGAUACGCCCACCCCUUCUGCUCGCGACCAUUCAUCGCUUUGGGCCAGCCUGGGUCUGGCCCCACGGGGUCCCUCAUGCCCUCCCUCAUUCUCGCAUGCAGAUCCCGGCAUCAGCCAAUCGUCAUUUCAUUGAUGGCGAUUUGCGUAAGAGGGAUAUGGAUGUUCCUGCUCCAUUAAUGGUAUCAUUUCAUGUUGAAUUGUGAGCAGUGCUCUGCGGCUGGCGGAGAGGUGCUGCUGGCUAAUGUCCCGGCGCUGGUGUCACAGUGAAGCAAGGGCCAAUUACGACUGGCUUGAGGCUGUGUCGGUUUCCGUUUUCGCUCAUCUUUGUUUUGUUUCGUGUCAGGGUCACUUAUCGGAACUUACUAAUGAGGCCGAGAAUUAAGUUAGUUCUGGAUUGGCGCUAGGAUCUUUGUGCUGCUUUGACAGUCACAUAGCAUCUAGCAACGUUCUUAGCAACGUUCUGCGUGUAUGUAAAAUAAACUUGAUGUUCUCUUU